ACCACCGCCCCCGAAAUGCCGCACCACCCUUCCCCUCCCUCGUUGCGCCCUCCCGCUCUGCCGCGCCGUCUCCUCACUCGGCGCCGCGCGGUCCUCGCCUGCGCGGCCGUCGCCGUGCUCGCGGCGGCCGCGGCUCUGCUUCUCGCCGCCCCAAGAACCGAGGUCCCCGGCCGCGCCUUGCUCGUGGCUGGAUCCCUCGUGCUCCCCAGGCCACCGCGGACGAGGGAGCCCCAUGCCGCUGCGGGCGACGCCCUCUCGCUGCCGCCGGCCCCGGCGCCGCCUCCUCCCCUCAAGGCCAAGGCUAGUGUUCCAUCUACAAUCGUGCCAGCUCCUUCGAUUUUUUUGGCGGCAGCACCUUCGCCGGUGGAGAAUUUCGAUGAUAGGUCAAUGGAGGAACCCGAGCGUCCUGAUAUGAAGGAAGAUCCGCUAAAUGAAUCGGCCCCUUUUCUCCAGGAGCCCAUUUCCAGUGGUUCUCCUACAAUGAGCUCUGAUGUCACCAAAGACCCUCACAAGAGUAGAAAUGCAGAGCCGCAUCCAAAGCCACAGAUACCGCUUUGGUCAACAGCGGCAGAUGAAGAGCUUAUUUAUGCAAAGAAAGAGAUUGCCAAUGCUCCCUUGGUAUUUGGUGACCCUGAUUUGUAUGCACCUCUAUAUAGGAAUGUGUCUGUCUUUAAGAGGAGUUAUGAACUGAUGGAGAGACUUCUUAAGGUUUUCAUAUACCAUGAUGGAGCAAAACCCAUUUUCCACUCUCCGGAGUUGAAAGGCAUCUAUGCUUCCGAGGGGUGGUUUAUGAAACUGAUUGAGGCGGAUCAGAAUUUUGUUGUGCGGGAUCCGAACAGAGCUCAUCUGUUCUACCUGCCUUAUAGCUCUCGGCAGCUGGAGCAUAAUCUUUAUGUGCCUGGAUCAAAUACACUCGACCCGCUUUCUGUAUUUGUGAAGAAUUACAUAGAUAUGAUCUCUGCUAAGUUUCGGUACUGGAAUCGGACGAAAGGCGCGGAUCAUUUUUUUGUUGCUUGCCAUGACUGGGGACCUUACACGACUAAAUUGCAUGACGAAUUGCGGAAAAAUACCAUCAAAGCUCUCUGUAACGCAGAUGUUUCGGAAGGAGUUUUCAUCCGCGGAAGAGACGUGUCCCUUCCAGAAACAUACGUUAAGUCUGCAAGGAGACCUGUGAGAGACAUCGGUGGAAAGCCAGCGGCAGAGAGAUCCAUCCUGGCGUUCUUUGCAGGGCAGAUGCAUGGCCGUGUUCGGCCUGUCCUUCUCAAGUACUGGGGAGGCAAGGAUGCGGACAUGCGAAUAUACAGCCGGAUCCCACGCCAAAUCACUCGACGGAUGAACUAUGCCAAGCACAUGAAGUCGAGCAAGUACUGCAUCUGUCCAAUGGGGUAUGAGGUGAACAGCCCGCGGAUCGUGGAGGCGAUCUACUACGAGUGCGUACCAGUGAUCAUCGCUGACAACUUUGUGCUCCCGUUCGACGACGCUCUUGAUUGGAGCGCGUUCUCCGUGGUGGUGGCAGAGAAAGAUGUACCCAGUCUGAAGGCGAUCCUGCUGGCGAUCCCGGAGAGCAGGUACAUAACGAUGCGGUCCAAUGUGAAGAAGGUGCAGAGGCAUUUUCUGUGGCAUGCGAAGCCCGUCAAGUACGACAUCUUCCACAUGAUCCUGCACUCGGUUUGGUUCAGCAGGCUGAACCAGGUGCACCAAGUAGAGCAGUAACAGUGUCGCACUAGCUAGUCGUCUUCCACCUUGAGGUAAGCUCUUUAGUGUGAAGGAAGGAAGGAUGUAAC